AUGUUUUGCUUCACUCUCCUAUUGCUGCCAUUGGUAGCGGCCGCAGCACGCGUGCCUUAUGAGGAGUACAUUCUAGCCCCAAGCUCUCGAACUCUGACUCCAGCAUCAGUCUACCAAGUCAACGGAUCCGUGAAUAAUGCCAAAUCUCUGACAAAAUCAUCUGGCGGUGGAGCCACCUUUGAUGGCAUCUCAUCUGUGACCCUGGACUUUGGCAAGAACGUUGCAGGUCUAGUCUCGCUCGAUGUGAGCUCCGCCUCGUUGUCGUCGGCAUUUUUAUCCGUCACAUUUACCGAGUCAAAACUUUGGAUCAGCAGUGAAUACAGUGAUGCCACUGGUAACUCUGGAUUUGAUAGACCAUUGUGGUUCAACGUUGGAAAGGGCGCGGGAACGUACACACCAGCCACUGAGUUUCAACGGGGCGCCUUCCGUUAUCUGACAGUCGCAAGCAAUACAAGUGCCACCGUUGUCCUCGAUGCUCUCCAUGUGAAACUCACUUCCGCACCAGACCAGAACCUCCGAAGCUAUACGGGCUGGUUCCACUCAGACGACGAGCUAAUUAACAAGAUUUGGUAUGCGGGAGCAUACACCAACCAGCUGUGUACUAUUGAUCCGACAGCUGGAGACUCGAUCACGUCACAGACCUAUGAUAUUGUUCUUCCCGAGAUGAAUGUUUGGUAUAACAACUACACAAUCACCAAUGGAACGAGUACCGUCACUGAUGGAGCGAAGCGCGAUCGGCUCGUUUGGCCAGGAGAUAUGGCUAUCUCUCUGGAAAGCAUCGCUGUCAGCACUGGUGAUCUCUACAGUCUUCAGAUGGGGCUAGAGUCACUAUUCAUAUUGCAGAAAGCUGAUGGGCAGCUCCCUUAUGCUGGUACGCCUUUCACAUACGGCUCAAGCUACACCUAUCAUCUACACAAUCUCAUCGGAAUGUCUUUCUUGUAUCGGUUCUCGGGAAACACAUCUUGGGCUUUGAGCUACUGGGAUCAGUACGUGCUCGGAGUGAAAUGGGCAUUGGAGGCAGUCGACAAUACCGGUCUGGCCAAUAUAACAUGGACUGACGACUGGCUUCGGUAUGGAAUGGGAGGCCAUAACAUCGAAGCCAACUCAAUCCUAUACUUUGUGCUGAACGAUGCGCAAGAUCUUGCAAAGGAGCUGAACAAAACAUCAGUCAUCCCCCACUGGGAAAACGUCGCAGCUGGAGUCAAAUCCGCUGCGAACAAGCUUCUCUGGGAUUCCUCGUCUGGGAUGUACCGAGACAACGAAACCACCACUCUGCAUCCCCAAGACGGAAACACCUGGGCCAUCAAAGCAAACAUCACCCAGUCGAACAAUCAACGCAAAACAAUAUCUGCGGCUCUUAAAGCUCGCUGGGGCACAUAUGGGGCCCCGGCCCCGGAGGCUGGUGCAACCAUCUCCCCAUUCAUCGGCGGCUUCGAGCUCCAAGCCCAUUACAUCGCCGGACAGCCCAACGCCGCACUCGAUUUACUCCGUCUCCAAUGGGGAUACAUGCUUCUGGACUCCAAGAUGACCCAAUCGACUUUCAUCGAGGGUUACUCGACAGACGGGUCUAUUCAUUAUGCGCCCUAUAUCGAUGAUGCGCGCAUUUCACACGCUCAUGGAUGGUCUACUGGACCAACGUAUGCGCUGACGGGAUACGCCGCUGGGAUCCGGCUUACCGGGCCAGCGGGUAGAUCCUGCGUUAUAGCGCCCCAGCCUGGCAAUCUUACGGCCGUUGACGCUGGGUUGACCACCGCUCUUGGUGGAUUCUCGGUGGCGCUUCAGCGUAAUCCCUCUGGAGAAGGGUAUAGUCGGCUUUCAUUCAACACUCCUGUUUCCACGACUGGGGUUGUCCGACUUCCUGGUGUGGUUGGGAGUUUGGUCUCUAAGACUGGGCAACGGGUCAAACUUGUUGAUGGAAUUGCGAAUGUUUCGGGUGGAAACUGGAUGUUACAAAGCUGA